UUGAAAUUUAUUUUCUUUUAUGGCGCAGAAGCUGAAGACUCGUGCAAUAAAGAAGAAUUUAAACCCAGAGUGGAACGAAGAGUUAACACUCUCUGUAGAAGAUCCUAAUCUCCUAGUCAAGUUGUACGUGUUUGACAAGGAUCUAUUCAGCUUUGAUGACCCCAUGGGCAAUGCGGAGUUCGACAUACGAGCAAUUUUCGACGUUGUGAAGAUGAACUUAGAAGACUUCGUUGAUGGGUCUGUCAUAACAACAGUGGUGCCCAACAGGCAAAACUGUCUGGCUGAAGAGAGUGCUAUCCGCUUGGAGAAUGGGAAAGUUUAUCAGGACAUGUUUCUGAGGCUCAGGAAUGUGGAGUCCGGUGAAAUUGAGCUGCAGUUGCAGUGGAUAAACAUUCCUAAUGCGAAGAGCUUUCAGGGUUCAUAAGCUUUGCUAGCCAUUUACAUUCUCAAAAACAUAAAAUAAAAUGAAUUAGUGUAAUAUUUAAUGUAGAUAUAGUAUAUGUUGUUUCCUGUACACAGUUUUCAUUGUUAUAUUUACAGUUUAUUUAGAAAGAAAAAAGUUUUGGUGA